UGUUUAAAAUGUUUAUAGCUAUAAAUUUCCCAAUUAGCACUGAUUUUGCAGCAUCUCAUAAAUUUUUAUGUUGCAUUUUAAUUUAUUUUGUUUCAUCUGUACAUAUUUUCUAAUUUCCCUUGUGAUUUAUUUGAUCCAUUGGUUGUUUCAGAGUGUAUUGUUUAAUUUCCACAGAUUUGUGGAUUUUCCUGUUUUACUUCUGUUGUUGAUUUCUCACUUCAUCCCACUGUAAUCAGAGAAGACACUUUGUAUAUCUGCCUUUUAAAAUCUAUUGAAAGUCAUAUUGUAGCUUAAAACAUGGUCCAUUCUGGAAAAUGUCCCAUGUGAAUUGAGAAGAAUGUGUAUGUUGUUUUUGAGUGGAAUGUUCUAUAUAUGUUGCAUUCAAGUUGAAGCAAUCAAGUUGAAGAAACGUUUCCACUACUAUAUUUAUUCAGCUGUUCCAAUGGGAUUUUGUAUUAGUAAAUCUGCUACUCAAGUAUCUGCUAUGUGUAUGGAUGCAAAAGUGGAUGAUCACUUAACUCAAGGGACUGAGAAAAGCAAGUUGGAACCAGUGACUCCUUUAUUUCAAAACACUAAGAAAAUAAGAUUAGAAGACACAAACCAAGAAAACCUUGCAGGAGAUAAAGAGACUGGUACAGGAUCUCUUUCCGAGAAAGCCUUGGGUUCAGUAGUUUAUGUUAAAGAAAGUGAUGGAAUAGAAAUGACAGAUGUGGAAUGAAGGUGUUUUGUACAUAUUACUACAGAAAUCAAAACUUGCUUUUGACUAACAGGGCAUAUUGAUUGAGAACUUGACCUCAAUAGGAAAACUAACAAAAUGAAGGAAGAUGAUUACUUUUUCCCUCUGCUGUUUAUAAAUCACCUUAGACUAUAUUUGUUUGAUGAUACAAACUCAAAAUAGUUGCUUUAGGGAGAGAAAGCUUUCCAAAAUUCAAAGUAGAUUUCUCUGGUAUUCCAUCCUUGUCAAAGUCAGUGUUUUGACUAAAAGUAUUUAAAUGGCACUAAAACAUAUUAAUGAUAAAGUAUUUAACUAGUAAUAAAAAAACACAAAACAGUGCCCAAACAAUUUGACAUCAUUAUGCCAUACUAUUUCUUGUGUACCAAUUUUGUAUGUUAGAUUUCCAGUAUGGGAUUUUGCUUGAGGGGACUUUAUCUUUCUACAUUUUUACAUUUCUGUUAUAUAAAAGUUCACUCUUGAUAAACUAUGCAAAAAAAUCCUACAGUAAAUUGUAUACUUUGAAAAGCAUUUCACAUUUUAAAUAAUCUUUUUAAACUGUUAUUAUUUCUUCCACAUCAAAUUCAUUUCAGAGUUACAACAUAGUUAUUUCAAAGUGUAGUUUAUUUUACAGUUGCUACCAUUUUUACCACCAAUAUUUAAUAUAAGGAAAUAGCCUUAAAAUUAUUUAAUAUAUAUCAUUUUGCCUUUCUUAUUGAAAUAUAUAGUAAUUUGAAAUGGCAGUAUUGUCUCAAAUAAUGCUAGAUGAAAUUAAAACUAUUUUGUGUCUGGACAUAUUAUGAGUUGUAACUAUUUAUAUUAUGUGUGUUUUGAACAUUUACCUAUAUUUUAAUAUUUAAUGACUAUCUCUAAUGCUAAGUAAUAUCCUUCAUAUCCUCAAAAAGAAAAAGAAAAGAAAAAAGCUUAAGGGGAAGCAAUAUUUUAUAAAUUAAACAGUACUAAACCAGGAGUGUGUGUGUGUGUGUGUGUGUGUGUGUGUGUGUGUGUGUGUAUAAGUGUUGAAUGGGACAUAACCAGUAAGAUGAUGCUUUUCAUCAUUUACAGAACAUAAUUCUUUAGGAGAGAAAAAAAUACACAAAUCAUUAAUUUGUUCACCUAACCUGAAUUGCUUGAGAGAGAAAAAAUACACAACUCAUUCACUUGUUCACUUAACCUGGCAUACUCCGUGCUGGACAUGCAGUGGUGAGUAAAAUAGGUACUGCCUUUACAGUGCUUAUUGUCUGGCUACAGAGAAGAUAGGACAUCAGAUAAUAAAUAUAUAAGAUACAACUUGUGUGCCAAGAAGAAAAAGUAAAAUGUUCAAAGAGACAGUUGAGGAGACAUAACACAUAAACUUGAUUUUUUUCAUAAUAUUACUAGAAAGGUUUCUCUGAGGACAUGAUAGGCAUAGCUUUUGCAGGGACAUGGUUGUCCAAAUGAGAUGAUGGUGAUGACUGAGGUGUUAAGAAGGGUAUAGAGUCCGAGUAAAGUUUGGCAGGAUGUACUGGUGAUCUGAAAGUGAGGAGGAGAAAGAAGGUGUUUCU